CCAUGCGGCGGUGAGGGCGCCGCCGCCGCCAGGGCUGGGGAUCGGGCCGGGGAAAAGAAGCGUCGGGCCGCGGGCUCAGGAGCAGUCUCCGCCGCCGCCGCCGCCGCCGCCGCCGCCGUCCGGGCAUGUCGUCCAACUGCACCAGCACCACGGCGGUGGCGGUGGCGCCGCUCAGCGCCAGCAAGACCAAGACCAAGAAGAAGCAUUUCGUGUGCCAGAAAGUGAAGCUGUUUCGGGCUAGCGAGCCGAUCCUGAGCGUCCUGAUGUGGGGGGCCAACCACACGAUCAAUGAGCUCAGCAAUGUUCCAGUCCCUGUCAUGUUAAUGCCAGAUGACUUCAAAGCAUACAGCAAGAUCAAGGUGGAUAAUCAUCUCUUCAAUAAAGAGAACCUACCCAGCCGAUUUAAAUUUAAAGAGUACUGCCCAAUGGUGUUCCGAAAUCUCCGGGAGAGAUUUGGCAUUGAUGAUCAGGACUACCAGAACUCAGUGACACGCAGUGCCCCCAUCAACAGUGACAGUCAGGGCAGAUGUGGAACACGUUUCCUCACCACCUAUGAUCGUCGCUUCGUCAUCAAAGCUGUGUCAAGUGAGGACGUGGCCGAAAUGCACAACAUUCUCAAGAAGUACCACCAGUUCAUAGUGGAGUGUCAUGGAAACACCCUUUUGCCCCAAUUCCUGGGCAUGUAUCGCCUGACUGUGGAUGGUGUGGAGACCUACAUGGUGGUCACUAGGAAUGUGUUCAGCCACCGGCUGACUGUACACCGGAAGUACGAUCUCAAGGGCUCCACUGUGUCCAGAGAAGCCAGCGACAAAGAGAAGGCCAAGGAUUUGCCGACCUUCAAAGACAACGAUUUCCUCAAUGAAGGACAGAAAUUGCAUGUAGGGGAGGAGAGUAAAAAGAAUUUCCUGGAGAAAUUAAAACGGGAUGUAGAGUUCUUGGCGCAGCUUAAAAUCAUGGAUUACAGCCUUCUAGUAGGCAUCCAUGAUGUGGACCGGGCAGAACAGGAAGAGAUGGAAGUGGAAGAGCGGGCAGAGGAUGAGGAAUGUGAGAAUGAUGGGGUAGGCGGCAAUCUGCUCUGCUCCUACGGGACACCCCCCGACAGCCCUGGGAACCUUCUCAACUUCCCCCGAUUCUUUGGCCCUGGGGAAUUUGACCCAUCUGUGGAUGUUUAUGCCAUGAAGAGCCAUGAAAAUGCCCCUAAGAAGGAAGUGUAUUUCAUGGCCAUCAUUGACAUCCUCACACCCUAUGACGCUAAGAAAAAAGCUGCACAUGCUGCCAAAACAGUGAAACAUGGGGCUGGGGCGGAAAUUUCAACAGUGAACCCUGAGCAGUACUCCAAGCGCUUCAAUGAAUUCAUGUCCAACAUCCUGACAUAGUCGUCGUCUGCUUGCAGCCAGAACCCGAGUGCUGGGGUGGGAGCUGGGAAGGAAAGGGGGGGGCAGGUGGAGAGUUGAGGGGGAAGAGGGUGAGCUUCAGAGGAGAGACUAACGUAGCCUGCAACACUGUACAAGACACUGUAGCAGCGUGUGCGAGAGUGAGUGAGUGUGUGUGUGUGAGAGCUUUGUGGGGAUCUUCAUCUUCUGUGCACCCUGGAUUUCCCCCACUUGACCCUGGUGGAAAAGUGGCCCUCUCUUUGUUACUAAGACACCCAGAGGCUGGGCAGGACUCCGUCGGGUUUAUUUGGGUUUUGUUUUUUAAAUCGCAAUGCUUCAACAUUGUUAUUUAUAAUGUUGUGUGCAAGUCAUCCUGUUCUCCUCCACCCCAACUCUGUUUUAAUGAAAAAGCCCCAGUAGUCCUCCCUGCAUUGGGGCCAGUUAGAGCAAAGCACUAUGACAUCAGAAAGGAGAAUGCCAGUAACUUCCAAACCUCUUGGGGGGGAUUUGGUUGGAUGGAUUAUUUUUUUAAACUAGGGUAUCGAGUGCAGCUCUCCCCACUGCCUACCAUGCAUAGAAAUUCAAAAUGAGAUUGUUCUUCCAUCUGUACUUACUCCCUUCCCCCAGCCCCUGACAUGGCCCAGCACAGGCCAUGGGGGGACUGAUGGCCAAAGACGUCAGAGUUUGUUGGCUUUUGGAGCCAUUUGUUUUAAAAAGGGACUGCACAUGCCCAUGGAAUCCUGGCAGGUGUUUCCUUCUCAAAGCCUGCCUCCCAGUGGAUCCCAGAAGUAGAAAGUAUGCUAAUGGAUAUUAUCAUCAUGUAUUCAGUUAUUUUUCCCUUCUAAAACCUCAAGAAAUCAGAGCAUGAAAGUCACUGAAAAUCUUGUGUACUUCUUCCCUUUCAAUUUAACCUCCCCCCCCUCCCCAAUCCCAGCAAUCCUUAUUUAGUUUUGGACUUGUGUGGGUCCAAGUUCUUAAUCUGAGGGAAGUUAAAUUGUUCCUUCCGAGUGAGUGUCUUCUCUAGUUGAGAUCUUUCCUAGUUCUGUAAUAUAGAUGUCUUAUUCUUCAACUCCUGGUGCAGCAUUCAAAAGCCCUCAAGGUUAAUGAGUAAGGGAGUGAAUGUCCCUUUUCUAUUUGCAAUAGUUCAGGAGUCAUCUGGAGAAACAUUUCCAGUAAGUUAAAAUUCAUGUACUUAGUAAUAUAUGUGACCAAGAUCAGUACCAUCUGGGAUGACUUUAACCCCCCAAAAUAACCCUGGAUUUUUAGCUAGUUGCCCAUUCAUUCUUCUUCCCAUUUAGAAAUAAUGGGCUUCUUCAACUUCAUUUUGGGCUCUCCUACCUCAGGGGCCCUGAUUUACUUUUGAUUCAUAAAUGAGCCAGGCAUAGGUCUCUCUGAGGUCAAGCAGUUUCCCCCUUUUCAGAGAGAAAACUCAGCCACAAGGAAUCUAACCAAGUGAAAAUACUGACUUGAGGAUGGGGAGAUGGCAUUCUUUAUACCUUCUCUUUACCUAGGACAGAAAACCAGGGAAAGUAUUGGGGAAGCUUGUAAAUAGUAUUGUCCAAGACAGUAUGGUUUGCCACACCGUUUGGAAUGAGGUUUGAUUUUCUUUGUUGUCGUUUGGGCUUAGCUUCUCAAGCAGGAAUGGAAAGCUUUCGUCCUUAACCUUUUGGUCUGGAUUCAUUAUAGGAAUGGAUUAGAGAUGAUAGAUUAGUCAUCCCUGCCCUGUGCUGCUUGGAUGAAAUUCAGAGGAGUGGUAGGUGCAAGGUAGCUUGGAUCAGCUAUCUGCAACAAAGCUUCCAAGGUGACAGGAGACAGAACUUGGAACCAGAUGACCCUCAGAAAGCCAGUCAGACUUAGGAAAGAAUUUAUGUAGGAAUGAUUUUUGGACUUGACCCCAUCCCUAAAUCAAGAAUGAAAAGUUGGAUAUGAUUCUAGACCUCUGUUGUCUGAGAAGUUUGGAAGAGUAUGUCCUUUUAACACUUGUGCUCCCACCAUUCUCUUUCCAUUACAUCUGUUGAUCAUGUUGCCAUAAUGUGUAUAGAAAGUGCAGAUGUGAUUUAAUCAUUUAAAGAUAUACUACCCAGGUAUCUAACUUGUUUUAACAUUACGGUUUUUAAUUUUUUUUUUUUUGUAUAUUGUUUACAUUUUUGAGAGGUAGCAUUCUGUUUCAAAUACUUAUUUUGUUUCUAGUCAGUAUUUUUGGUUAUCUCCCAGCUGCAAGGUAAGAGUUACCAGCAUUUGAGUUGUGGGUUUGGUGAUUUUUUUAAAAAAGGGUUUAAAAAAUGGUUACUCCAUUUUCUGCUAUUUCUCAAAACCUUAGGUUUUGUCCUUUGAAUUAGAAUAUUUAAAAGCUAUUCAUCUUGCUUUAAUUCAAGUUUUCUCAUUUUUUAAUGGUUAGAAAUGUAGAAAAACGGGAACUGGUAUUCAAAGGUUGUUUCCCCCCACAUCCUUUGGGUAGGUGGAGUCUGACAUUUCCCCUGCCUCCCAUUUUUAUGUUAUGAUUUUGCACAGAAGAUAGCUCUAAGAAGAGAUGAGAAGCUGUUACAGUCUUAAUGUAAAAUUUAAGAGCAAUUCUGGAGUCUCUGGAGGUUAAAGGUUUAAAACAGGAAAGCCAGAGUGAAAUUAGAGGGUCUGUCUUCCUUUCCUCCUUUAGGGGACUGAGUAAUAUGUGUUUCUAUUAACAUGAGUCCUCCUCUUCAGACCUUUCUAUUUGAAUGUUUAUGGCUGCAAAUGAGAAUCCAGUAGGCUCCUUGUCACAGUGAAGAAUUACUCUUAUACCUCCACAAUAAAGACCACUACCUGAAGGCCCUGGCCUCUUUAAACUCAAUGACCACUAAUCUUUGCAUGCAUUCAUGUCCCACCCCUACACUUCACCACAGUACACAUACACACAAACUCCUCCUUUCCACUCCUCAUUUGGUGGAUUGGAAGAUAUUCCAGCAAAUUAUCAGCUCCACAAUCCAGGUUGAGUAUGCCUAGAUCCUUCAGGUUAUUCUCUCUAAGGAAUUGGGCCAUCUAUAGCCCUUCUCUGGUCUCCCACUGAUUCUGUGGUGGUAAUUGAUAAAGAGGCUGCUAACCCUUCCUACUCUCCUGUUCUGUAUCUCAGGACAGGACCUCCCCAGCUGGUGCUUCUGACAUAUAUUUAUACCCUGGGUGGAAGAAGAUAUUACUUUGUUUUUGUCCUUCUUAUCCCAGGAAAAAGAGAAAAUUAUCUACCAUUUUGCAUUUAGAAUGGAAGAGUGUUGUUUGCCUCAUUCCUAUGUAAAACAGCCCCCUUCAUAUGAAGAAUAAUUUUAAACUCUAAAAGGCUAGGGAAUGGUUGGACUAGUUUAAUUUUUUAAGUAGAAAGCAAAGGGAAAAAAUUUACAUUGCACCAAUAUGAGGGCUGAUGGAUGGCUCAUUUCAAAAGGGCCAGUUCCCUGUAUUUGAAACAUGACAAUUCUAUAGAUCAGAAAAAUUUUAAUCAUUGUGCUUCCCCCCCCACCCCCUUUUUCAAGUCUUUACUUAAAGAUAUUCUUGACCAUCUCUUGAUGUCAUAUCCAUAUCUCCCAGAAAGCUUGGGGUAGCAGAUCUUAAGAGGAGCUUACUUAAGGAAGAACUUUCCCCGUGCUCUGCUCAUAAUCACUUUGCAAAAGAGAUCUAGUGUAAUGCCUCAAAGGAGUUAAGUCCAGGAUUGUUCCUUAACUGGUAUCAUGCUCUUUAGCACAGUCAGAUCAUUGCAAUUGAAACAAAAUGUGAAUAAAGUUUUGGGUUCAACUUUUUGGGGGAAGGGAAAAACUCCAUCAAUCAUGACAUCUAGAUUUCCAUUUUUUAAAUAGGAAUUUUCAGUCCUCUGUGCUUGUCUGUUUGCUCGGAGAAGUUUGAGACCCUAUUACUGUUUUGAAAUGCAUGCAUGUUACAAGAUGAAUCUCUGACCCAAGGGGAAAAAAAUAAAACUCCAAAUUUUGUGUA